CUCUCCUCUCCCCAAAAAUACAAGUCGGCUGGGUGAGCCAUGGAAGAAGUUCCCUUGCUUUGCUGCGGUGGCGGAUUGCAAAGCCAUGCCUCGUAGCCGCUUCCUGAAAACGCAGCAAAACUGCUCUGUACUACACAGAGAAUGUCCUGACAAAUGUGCAGGCUUCUCUUGAAAUGAAGACCAUUUGCAAGACUCCAUGAACUCUUAAUUCCAGUGUCACAUCUACAGUUUGAUAGAAAUGGCCCGGGAUGCCAGAUCUUCACGAUUAAUUAAAAAAGAGGAGAUAAGCAAAAAGAAACCGAGUCCUGUUAAAAAGAAAUCUUGCCAAGGAAUAAAAGAUGCCAAGAAAGAGUCCUCAAAGAAAGAGUGUCCUACAAGCUGUAGAAAGUUAAUAGAAGACCAGAACGAUGGCAAGAAAAAAUCCCAAAGAACUAAACCUCCAAUAAAUUCACCAUGCCGAUUUCUCCGGAGCAGUGUAACCAAAGCCUUUUCUGGAACAUCUUGGAUGAACCUGGAAUUAACGGAUAAUGUUCUCUUCCACGACCAGCCGCCUUUGAGCUACGGUGGGUUUUCCAUGACUCUCCGCAGGAAACCGUUUUCCCAUCGGCUGUUUCAAGCAUCGACAAUCACAAAAGCUAAGAAGAGCGGCCCGAGAAAAAGACAGAAAGCCAGAUCAGGAAUUUCCUCUGCACUAGAAAGGAAAGAAGUUGAACAGACGACAAGAGCUUUUGCACGAGAUUUAAACUUGAAUAGUGAAUUACCUUCUCCCAAAGGAGAUAAGGCCCCAUGUUCUCAGGAAUCAGGCUGGUCCUCUGUAGAUGAUAAUCAAGCCAAAAAGAGAGGGGUAAUGCACCCCUCCAAAAUUUCUGUUUCUAAUAAUGGUGUGACAGAUACUUGUAAUUCAGGAAUACUAGAAGAAGGACACAGAUGCGAAGAUUUUGUUUCCCGUGAGCAGGCCCUGGAAGAUUUGUUUACUAAUACCUCAAAUGAAAUUUUGUCUGAGCCUCUUCUCCACCAAUUACACCUUGACUUUGACACUACUUUAAGGGUACAGGAAGAUGAAUUGGGGACAUCCGUAGAACCGUAUGCGAAGAGUAACCUGAAUUUACCUCCUGUCCCCCCAGAACAUUUCUGUUCACAUUCCUUUUCCAUGUUGAGCCUUUCCUCAGAACAAGACCUGGCGUUGCAUAAUAAAAGUCCAGAGACGUCUCUGGAAUCUCAUUCCAAAACUGGACAUGAGAUGGUGCUACAUCCCUGUGAAUCCGAGGCUGCCGUUUUGAUUACCUCUGAACUGAUCUCAAAAUUGCAUCUGGAUGACCCGUCUGUGCUACCGGAACCCCUGAACAAACCAGAUGCUGAGCCUCCUAUUGCAGAAGAAAAGUAUUUGCAGUGUGCCUCUGGCUCAGAAGGUUGCUUAAAAGAACCAGACCUUAUAGGAGACACCCCUAGACCAGAGGAUCUGGACCUGGUGCCAAGCAACCAAACACUUGAUUCUUCUCCCUACUAUAGCUGUGAGCAACCAAAUGAACAAUCAGUCUGUGAACAGAUUUCUAGCAUUUCUUUGAGUAAUUUCACCUUGGAUGAACUUGAACGGACUCUUGAACGGAUUGCUGCAGAAACAUUCACUUUAGGACCAACCUCUGCACCCUUUAAUCUGGAAAGAAACAUCACUAGCCCAGUCAGCAGGGAAGUGUCUAACGAAAGUUUUCCACAAUCUCCUAAUGCAAGGUUGACUUUGGGCGCAGGAGAGGGGAAAGAGACCGUCUUGUCAUCUAACAAGUCCGUUUCAAGGCAAUCAGAUCCCUUGUUGCAGCUGGGGAGAGAUGGAAAAAUCACAAACUGUCCCCAGGAUCCCAAGAAAUGUGACACCAACAUAGGGGUGGCAUCCGAGCCCUUAUCUUUUGAACCUCCAAUUGGUGGGUGCCUUGCCUCUUUGCAACCUGUGGUGGAAAAGAAAAAAAGAAGGCGUUGUGGAGUUUGUGAACCUUGUCUGCGGAAAACUAACUGUGAAGAGUGUAGCUGCUGUAGGAAACGCAAAACUAGCCACCGGAUAUGUAAAAAGAGAAAAUGUGAAGAACUGAAGAAGCCCCCACUGUCCAUUCCAGCCUCAAAGCAGCCUGCAGAGGUGCUAACUGAAAACAAAAGGCCUCAGAGAAGGAAGCGAAGAGUUCCAAAGGGAGAUCUAAAAAGCAAACUAGUAAAUGGCUGCAGAGCAGAGCUUGUGGAAUAUGUUGCAUAUGCCCAUGGUGAAAAAUACAAGUUGAAAGCAAACUACUCACUGCCCUGGGAAGAUGUGCAGACAAAUGAAAAAGGAAGUAUGGCCGGCUUAGAAACAGAGAAGUGGGUGCUCAAUGAAAAUCCUUCACUUAACAUCCAUUUGAAUGGAGAUCUCUGUAACGCUGGAACCGGGGAUGAGAACUUAACACAUUUUGAAAAGGAUGCAAAACUGGUUUAUUCUUCCAGCAUAAUAGAUGAGGCCCCCAAGUUAUUUGCACAUACAGCUAGAAAUGGCAUUAAAAUCUUACCGCAUUCACCAGCAGAAUGUGACACAUCAUUGAAAUCAGAUGUGAGCACAUUGAAAAAAGCAGAUGUGAAUACUACUGCAAAGCUGGCCAACAGCUGCAAUCACAGUAACUCCAGUGCCUCCUGGAGUGAAGCGGCUCAGCUGAACAGCAUCUACCCUUUGGCAACUGGAACAUAUGGUGCUAUUCCAGAAAAGAAGGACUAUGUUGUAGGCCACCAGACAGAAAACCCAAACACCAUUCAGGAAGCCGAAAACUCACUAUUGCAAACCAUUUCACUUUUACAUUUGCAGGACAAGCCACCCUGUACUCCUGUGCUUGAAAGGGGUGCUUGUCUUGAUGAUGGUGCUUCAAAUAUUCCUAGUAAGGAUUCCCAACCUGAAGAUUUGCAACUUCAGUCAACUUUUUUAUCUCUGAUUAAAAAUAGAAAUUUAACUGUGGAACAGGUGGUAGCUAUCGAGGCAUUAACACGCUUGUCAGAGGUCCCUUUAGGCCAUUCUUCACCAGCUAAACCAGAAGGUUUAGAGCAGCAGACGUCGCAUUUGCUGAACAGUUACAAAAAGGAUAACCCUUGUCCCUUAAAAUCAUCUGCACUGAAAGUAAUAAAAGGGACUUGCCCGCAAAAAGAUCAGCAGCUUUUUUCUCAUCCUGCCUCACAGAGGAGAAUCCACCCUAAGAGUUUGUUCUACAAGGCUCAAGGUGCUAUUUCUGAGUUCCCCAGUAAAUCUCCGGGUCCAUCUAACUUACUGCGUAGGUUGCAUUGCACCUCAAAAGACACCAGACCUUUCUCUGCUUUAGCGUCUGGUGGAAAUUCAGGUAUUGCUACCAAGAAAUGUCCUCUUCAUCAUAAAACUGCUCUCGGGCCAUGUUCCAAAAACUCAAGUACCGUCAGGCAGUGGUGGAACAGAGGAGAGGCGCUUGGCAAAUGGGAAGGAAAGGCUGUUCACAACCUGAAUUUUAAAAGUGGUUCUGUAUUUAAGGGUGUGGUUCACAGCCAAGAUGAAGAAGAGGUAGCCACCCAGUUAACUCAACUCGCAGCAAUAAUUGAAUCGAGCAGAACAAGCCCCAAUCCGAAGACGACAACAACCCUUCUCGGUCGAUUACCACCUGAUAUGCAAUCAAAAAAUAAGCAGGAUCAGUGCCUAUUGCAGAAGAAACAAUCGGUAUUUGGGAGGAACAAUUACAGCUCCUCGUUAGUCAAGCAAAGGCAGCCACCUCGGAAGAAUGAGAAAUCGGUACCGAGGGCCAAAAGAUUGAAGAAGAAACCUCAAGUAGUACCAGACCAACCAAGUCAGCUACAGCAAGAAUGCCAGUAUAGUGAAUUGCAGGACAUACAGAAAAAACCUUCCAAACUGCGCAGACUUGGGCGCAUCGCAUCACAAGAUGCAAAGCUGUCAGCCUUGGGGAAAAAAUCUUCCAAAACCAAAGGACAGAAGGCGCGGAAUCGGACUGCUUUGUCAUCCCAGCAAAAACCAGCUGUAUUAUUUCUUCCCAAAACUCAGAUAAUAUUCCAUCGGCCUUUACCGGCUUCAGUACAAGGCAAAAUAAGAAACAAGCCAUUAGGCUGUGAAAUGGUGCCAGAGCCCCUCAAAACAACCGGCUUUAGCGAUGCACAAGGUGCCAGCAGCCAGAGUGGGGUCACAGGGGCUCUUCAACGUGGAGCCCCGCUUUCUAGUAAUCUGCUGACUGUUCCUCAGUUAAAAACAGACUUUUGCAUAAAACAAGGAAGUGAAAACGGGCAGAUGUUUACAGAAGAAGGCAAGAAUUCUCAGGUACAACAAACCAUGAAUAUCCCUCAGCUGCGUCCUUUUCCUCAGAUCUUCAGUCAGAGAGCUGGCGACAUCUGCGAGGAAAGCCAAGCUAAACCACAGGACGCUGUGGAACAAAAGGAUCAAAAUCUCCAACUGAUCCCCCGUAACGGUGAUGAUGGCUUGCCAGGGGAUACCAUGCACACUCUUAGAAAUGUGGAGCAUGUAAGUGAAGCUACAUUUCCAACAUUAAGAACUUUAGAGACUGAAAAGCAACAGGGUACUGGGAACUUAAGAUGUUCUCCAACAAAGAAUACACUCAGUAGUUUUCUUGAAUCUCCCAUGACAUUCUUAGAUACCCCUACAAAGAAUUUAAUUGAUACACCUUCAAAGAAAGGACAGAGUAAUUUUCCAACCUGUGACUGUGUGGAACAAAUUAUAGAGAAGGAUGAGGGUCCAUAUUAUACACACCUUGGAACGGGCCCAAAUAUUGCUGCAGUCAGAGAAAUAAUGGAGGACAGGUAUGGAGCAAAAGGAAGUGCUGUAAGAAUAGAGGUAGUGGUGUAUACAGGCAGAGAAGGAAAAAGUUCCCAGGGGUGUCCAAUUGCCAAGUGGGUGAUACGGAGAAGUAGUGAUGAAGAAAAAUUGCUGUGCUUAGUUCGUCAGCGUGCAGGACAUCACUGCCAAACUGCUGUGAUUGUGAUACUUAUUUUGGCUUGGGAAGGGAUUCCUCACCUUCUUGCUGACACAUUGUACAAGGAACUGACCCAGAGUCUCAGAAAAUAUGGCUGUCCAACUAGUCGUAGAUGUGCAUUAAAUGAAGACCGUACUUGUGCCUGUCAAGGUCUCGAUCCAGAGACAUGUGGGGCAUCCUUUUCAUUUGGCUGUUCUUGGAGCAUGUAUUACAAUGGCUGUAAGUUUGCCAGAAGCAAAAUCCCCAGAAAAUUUAGACUUCUCACAGAUGAUCACGCCCAAGAAGAAAAUCUGGAAAACAAUUUGCAGACUUUAGCUACUGAUGUAGCUCCAUUAUAUCAAAAACUUGCCCCUGAUGCUUUCCACAACCAGGUGGAGAAUGAGCAUCUGGGUCCUGACUGUCGCCUUGGGAGCAAGAAAGGCCGGCCUUUCUCUGGUGUGACAGCUUGCAUUGAUUUCUGUGCCCACGCACACAAGGAUACUCACAACAUGCACAAUGGAAGUACUGUGGUUUGUACUUUAACAAAAGAAGACAACCGUACAGUAGGUGUGAUACCAAAUGAUGAGCAGCUUCAUGUGUUGCCUCUUUACAAAAUAUCACAAACAGAUGAAUUUGGCACAGAAGAGGGGCUGGAAGCCAAGAUUAAAACUGGGGCAAUCCAGGUGCUAACUGCUUUCCCCCGAGAAGUGAGGAUGUUAGCUGAACCACGUAGGGCAACCAAGAAAAAACCAGAUGCAAAAAAGCAAAGUUUAGCUGAAAAAAAGCAUUCUGCGGCUGUAAGGGGAAAAAAUGGACUGCCAGAAAAUACCAAGAGAGCAUCACAAAAUUCAGGGGCCAAAAUGAAUAUAGUGCAACCUGAGACAAAAAUGGAGACAGCUGAAUACUUUCCUAGCAUAAAACCUAAUUUAGGCAUUACUACCGAUUGUUCUCCGUUGAAGCAACAUGCUCCAUCCUCUCCUUUAAAACUGGAUAGUUUAUCCUCUUGCUCUCCAUUAAGUGGUGGUCUAAUGCCAGUAACUAAUAGCCAAGAUGUUUCUACUCCCUACGGGUAUUUACAAUGCAGUAGUAAUAAACCUCACGUGACAUCCCAAGGUAACAAUAACUUUGACAUGUCCACUCGUGAUUAUACUGGAAUUGUGAUGGAUGAGAAGAGAAACGGUGUGCCUCUGCUUCUUCAAGACUUGACUACGUCUAGGUCAGCAGUCAACAGAGAGAAUCUGCCCCUGACCACUGAACACAAACUAGUUAACAAGCAAAAUUGUGAAGUUAACUUGAAGUCCUCUUCUGUGUCCCAGGUAGCUAGCUCUUGUGAGUCAAUGUUGCAACUGGGCACCCCAGAAGAUGUCUCUACCAAUGGUUCUUCCCAAGAGCACCCAAUGCAAAUGAGUGGAUUACGGCAAAGCCCAAGUUGUGUAGAAAACGGGUCCAGUGGCCAGCUCUUAAAACACGCAGAUUCUGAAGAAAAAGCAGAAGAAAUGUGGUCUGACAGCGAGCAUAACUUUUUAGACAAUGACAUUGGUGGGGUAGCUGUAGCACCAUCCCAUGGUUCCAUCUUAAUUGAAUGUGCACGGCGCGAACUUCAUGCCACCACGCCUCUUAAAAAGCCCAACAGGAAUCAUCCCACGCGGAUCUCUCUAGUCUUUUACCAACACAAAAACUUAAAUGAGCCAAAACAUGGGAUAGCCCUGUGGGAGGCCAAAAUGGCAGAGAGAGCAAAAGAGAAAGAAGCUAGAAAAUCAGGAACUGAAACCACCGGCUUGCCAGCCACUGACAAGAAUGCAAAUCAGACCAAUGCAACCCAAGAAAUUUUCUACAAAGAAAAUGAAUUCAACCAAAUUCCAUCUCGCAGAGCAUUAACAGUAACUCAUGAUAAUAUUCUAACGGUGUCUACUUAUGCCCUCACACGAGUUGCAGGGCCCUACAACCAUUGGGCAUAAGCUCUUAUAGCAACGACACAACUUUUGCCUUGGAGCAGUGUUACACAAUCCUAAAGGUGCUGUUAAAGAACAAAGUCUCGUAUGGUUUACUCUUUGUUCAUCUCAACCAUUUUGAAGGCUGAGGUAAAAAUUAUUUUGUUUUUAAACUGUGACUUUAUAUAUUUUAACAUCUGGUGAUUCUCAAGUGUGUGUGUAUAUAUAUAUGUGCAUGUGUAUUCACACGCAUGCACACGAACACACACACAUCUUUUAAGAAAAUUUGGCUAGGUUAUUAACUGAUUGAAUUACUUGGUUUAUUACCUUUUUGGAAUUUAUACUUUGGUGCUUUGAAACGUCUGUUUAUUAUAAAUGGGCUUUUCAUAAAGAUUUUAACUGAUUUCAUCUUUUAUUAUGUAAAAUCAAAUUAGACAGUAUUAGCUAUACACAGCUCUUGGUGCUUAAUCAUAUUGAACAGUUAAAAAUAAGCUGAUUUUAUUUCUUCAUGGUGCCAUUGCUCUUACAGCUUCCAAUCACUUGCUGUGAAUCCCAGCUUAAGGAAAAAGAACCAAUGAUGAUUUAUUUGUAUAUAGAUUUUUCUCAUGUAUGUAUAGUUUGUGUGUGCAUGUGUGUAUGAUCCACAUACAUUCACAUGCAAACAAAUAUCACUAGUAAUGAUUGGAGGUUAUAAAUGUAAAUACAUAUAAAUAUAUAUAUUUAAAAGCACUUUCUAUUUUUAAAGUUAACUUGAAAUAGUAUAAGGAUCACAUUUGUCUAAGGUUUGCGCAUUCUCUACCAAGGAAUUUAUUUUUUCUUACUAUAUAAAGUUCCAUAUUGCUACAUCAAUUCAUAGAUAUUGAAAAUACUUGGGUUUUAGAUUCUUCCCUUCUCUUUUUUCCAUUGCUUUUGUUUCUAAAUAAAUAGGGUGAUAAAAGUCCAGAAAAUUCAUUAUUUGCAAAUACAAAUUAAGUCCUUUAUCUAUCCUUGUAUUUGUAGGAUCUUUUUUAAAAAAAGAGUUUAUAAUUUGAGCAAUAAGGGCAAAUGUUAUAGGGGGCAUUCCAUGUUUUUUGGGACAAUACAAUCGGGCAUCAUCCAGGGGUGUAGCUCCGUACAUCUUGAAGUCACCCUAUUAGGAAAGAAUUUUUCUAGGGCUUCAAUGCAUAAAUUGCAAUGCCUUGUUAACAUGUUGGGUUUUAAGAGAUCUGCCCUAUCAGCAGUGUAGGAAUACAUCUGAAUUUAUUAUGCAUCCAAAAUGUUCUUCAGUGGCGAGCUGCCCAUCAGCCUGGUCUAGGCAGGUUUACUUGAAGCUCAAUCCCAUUGUGUUCAGUGGGCUUUCUGCCAAGUAAGUGGACAACUGAUUAUUAUAUGCAGUUUUUUCCUCUCCUUCACCUCUGAAUAAGACACACUGAGAUAUCCAAGUGAUUAAUUCCACAAAACGUGCAUAGUUCCCCAUCCCAUUUGCUAUCUCCAGCCAGGAAAUAAGGUCUGUAAUGGGCAGUGGUCUGUGUUGGAGACCCAUCCAGAAUACAGUGUCUGACUUCUUGGUGGCAAAAUAACCAUGUAACAACACGCCAUUUCCUCUUUGCAGCAUACUUUUUUUCUGAAUGGUAACCCAUGCAGCAUUACAGGCUCAGAGAGUUUGCAAAUGUUUUCCAACCUGGGAACACUGUUCCAGCUUGCACUUCAUGUGCCGGAGUUUGUUAAUUGAACUACUAAGUGCAAUGGCUGGAUUGAUCAACUCAGGUUUUUGUUUCAGUCAAGAACCAGGGAAGGCAACUGCCAAGCAAGGUAUAGUCAGUCUAAAUGGGCAUUUGAUUAAAGGGAUUGAGUUGUGCAAGGCAGAGUUCCAUUUUGCAGACAGAACUUAACUAGAUUGAAGUUCCCAGUUCAAUACUAGAGGCAGAAUGAUGUCUUCCAGCAGACCUGAAAGCUGCCAACUAGCAACAGAUAUAACCACGGCUGGGUUUUCCCAACAUCUUUUGUUAUUUAGCACCUUUUAUUUGGAGCGGCCACAUCCUUUGUUUAACAGAAGCAGCAUUAAAAUGAUCCAGUGCUCACAGAGCUUUAAUAUUAAAUACUGAAAAUCUCAAAUGUGAUACAACAGCAUCUGUGUGAUCAAAACAGCUUUUGUCAGUUCCAAUGAGAAGCAGAACUAUUAAAAUACAGCUCAGGACUUCGGGCAGCUAGAAUCAGGAGAAUUUGGUAUAUUUGGAAUGAAGAAAAGGGAAGAAGAAAUUAAGUAAGAAGAUCAUAUUUUUAGGCAACUGGAUGCCAGGGAUUUUAUCAGUCUUAAUUAAUUCCAUGAUCUAAAUUACAUAAUAUUAUUGAAGUUAAACCAGUGAGUAUGACCAGUCCCAAUUUGAGUAGGGCUGAGUGUGGAUGGGAACCAGACCUUGAUUCAAAAUAAUAAAUUAAUUAAAUCACCUAGCAUCCAUUUGUCCUAAUGACAGCAUCUUAAUUUUAAACAUUAUGGGACUUUCUCAGGCUUUUCUUUUUCUAUGAUGUGGUAAUUUAAAUUAGCCAGUUGCUAUCAUAUUAUGAGCCUCUGUGAGUAAACGCAACCUGUAGUUUAUAUACAAGAAUGAAGCUAUUUACUAAUAAUCCAAUUUAAUCAGGGCAGUCAUGAAGUUAAGUCUUGAUUUUACAUCUCUCUCUCCUCCUUCUCCUGCUCCAUGAUGUACAUAAGUGCCACCAGAAUAACCAGAAAUAAAAGAUUUGUGAUAACAUACUUGAUAACAUCUUAUAGUGGUGCUGUAACAAAUAAAUUUCUAGAUCUGCUUUUUUAAUAAAAUCUAGACAUGGUGCUUUUAUUAUUAAAUGUCUACCCUUGUAUUUAAUCUGAAAAUAUAAUUCAGAAACGAAGAAAUUGAUUUAUAUAGCUUGUCCCAGCUUUCUCCAAAGAAUUUGUUGAAUGGCGGUCUAUUGGAGUGGAAGUAAAAAAAAUAUUAAGGCAGUAAGUUGGGGAAAACUGGUUUAUUCUUUGUCACCUAUGAUUCUGAAGUUCAGAAUGUGGAAUUUAUUUCAGUUACUCACAUAGUCCAUUUGUGUAACAUUAGACAUUCACACUGGUCUAAGGCUUCAAGACAUCCACACUUCCACCUCCACUUCAUCCAUGCAAAUGGGCGAUUACCCAUAUUUUUAUCUAGCAGUACAAAUACAUUUUUAGGCAAAGUGAAGAUAAAAACAGCAUGUUUGAAUGCUGCUGGAUGUCUGUCCCUUCUCCAUCUCUGAUUUAAUAGGUGAUAGAUGCCAUUAUUGGUGACGCUGAUCAUGUUAAAUGAUAUGUAUGUAUGUCAGGCAAGACUGGUGCUGGAUAUCUUUAUGUUUCCUGGCGCAUUUCCACUUUUGACAGCUGAAUACACACAGACAAAUUUCAGCUUGCAGGCGCUCUAGAUAUUAGAGAAAUUUUCCUAAGUUACUGAGUAUUAAGAUUUAGAGAUGUUUUACUAAAGUAAGGAGUGUGCAAUCCAGCCAAUUUCCCUGAUUUUGGGGAGGGCUGAGAAAGUUCAACCUGUUAUGAUCUAUAAUUUUACAAAGAGGUACCCCCAGAAUAUCAUCAAACAUGGCUUACAAACUUAAUUUUAGAUCAGAUCUUCAUACUUAGUCACAAUACCAUUAGCAAUCUUUAUGCAACAGCUUAUUGAACAACCUGGGUCAUAACAUUUUAGAAAAGUAUAUAAAGAGAAAAACAACCCAAUCUUUCUAUUUUUAAAACAAACUUUGUAAAAAAAACCCACACACUCAUAUGCUGCAUUUUUCUUAGUUCAAAGAUUAUGAUUAGUUCAGAUAGAGACUAUGUAACAAUUGUAAAUAAUAAAAGUCAAUAUUAUAUCAUUUUCUACCAGCAGUUUUCUGCUUCUUGGAUAUAUACAUUAAUUGGUAUGGUAAUUUUGUGUGCCUUAGAUUUACAUUUUAAGAACUGUAUAUUUUUUGUGAACCUGAAAUUUAUUAAACAUAAUAGCUGUCAUGACAAUAAGUAGGGUGAAAUCAUCCAGCAACUCAUCUGUACUGUUUUUUUCUAAUUUAAUCAUGCUUUCUAGUAAUUCUGAGGGGUGGGGGGGAAAUCCUGGGAUAAUCCUUCACUGUGUAUGUGGAAAACAUCUACACUUCAUCCUAGUUUUGCUCAACCCCACUGUCAGUUUUAAUUUCUAGUUGUAUGCCUUUUAGUUUGCCAAUCUGUUUAUGCUUAUAAUAAGUCCCAUUGAACAUGAUGGGUUGAUUUAUGAAUGAAUGAAUGUAUGUAGGAUGGUAUUGUUACCACUUGACAUUUAUGGGGCAUACACUACUAAUAAACUAUUUAGGAUUAAAUUCCUUUUGAUUCCUUUUAUAUAGAUACUACAGCAGAAAAUUCAGAUUGUGGCAAUAGUAGAAAAAUAAAGUUGACUUAAAUUAUGAAAAUUUGGCAUUUCUAAGUAGAAGAUCUCUAAUUACUGUGCUUGAGUAAUUUAGUGUUUUCCCCUGUGUACCUAUAAAAAAUGUACUGCUAUAUUUGCUAGCAGAUAGCAGCGCUUAAACAACAAUGCUCAAUAGGGAAACCACAUAUGUCCACCUAAUCAGACAGCAAGGAAUAUAAUCUAUUACUUGGAAAUCUACUGAUGAGGUUGCAUAGGGCAUAUUUGCAUAGAAUGAAUUAAAGGUGGAAAUGCAUGAUUGUUUUUAACAGCUAAUAAAUGUUUCAUUAGCUAAAUCAGGUUACCCAAACAUUGAAAACAUACCUCUGAAAUUAAGAAAUAUUGUUAAACUUUUGUCUGGGUUCAGCCAUAUAUUUUAACUAUCAUAAAUUUGUAAAAACAAUACAGCUUACAAAAUGAUGGUUGCAUCUAAAAAGUAACGUUUCUCAUUGUAAUAUCUCACUUAAUUGCUGUUUUACAAGCCAACAUACAUCAAGCAUGCAUGCAGAGUGAGAAUAUACUGUAUAUACAGCUGUAAGUUAUUUAUUGUAGCAUUUCAAAUAUUUAUCAUAGACACUGAUGUACUUUGUGAAUUAGUUUGUAGCAGCAAAGAUUUAUGAUAACUUUGCCUACUUUGUAAGAGCAAUUCCUUGGGCAGUUGCAAGCAGCAAAAUUUUCAGGCACCUGCAGUAGCCUGAAGAAUUGUAUGGUCUAAGGUUCAGUGUGGCUGUCUGGAGUUGCCAGAGACCCAGAAAGGAAAUAAAAUGCAUAGUUUUCAAGAUUUUAUUGAAAUAAGACUCUAUUGAUGAAAUUGUCUGUAAAGAAUACAUCUGAGGCAUCUAAUGAUUUUGGUCCUGUGAUGAAUGCAGGAGUGUUACUUAAAUUUGACAACAACCAUUUCAGACAUUCAGUGUGUGACCCUUCAAAAUGAGAAAUAUCAAAGCAGUUAAUUGUCAGAACAUACUAACAUGUCAUUAAAAGUGCUAUAUUAAAAAAAAAAGAUUUUAAAAAACCCAGGAGUUACAGCAACAUCUCUAAAGCAGGAAUUUUCAAACUUUGUAGUGCCAUGUAUUCAGAAUCUGCAUUAAAUAAUAUAAAUUAACAAAUUGAAACCCUUGGAAAAAUGUAGUGAUUGUGGCUGACAGAAAAAUAUCUCCCACAUAAAAAACUCCCUUUGAAGAGAAUGAAUUUCUUGAUAAUAAGAUGUUGCGAUAUUUGCUCCAAGUUGCUUUAAUGAAGAGGUAAGGAGAAAUAUCCUGAAAUCCUUGAGCAAGCAUGAUGAAAAUACAAAUGCUUGAAGAAAACAUUUCCCCCUUUUUAAUUUCCUAUAUACUAUAUAGAUGGUUGAAGCAAUUUGAAAGCCUUCAAAAGUUAAGAGCCAUCAACUGCAAUCCUAAACUCGCUAGCCACACUUCUGAGUAGAACAUGUUGACUUAAUGCAAUGUUAUACAUAGAAACAUCAGUUACAUGUAUCAAGAUCUUCUAAAUAGGAAACCAUAGAAGGUAGAAUUUUCCUUAGGAGCUUAAACAUUCUUUGCAGCCAGAUAGAACUUUGUGUAGAUGACUUGUUGUUUCAAAUAUUGGGAUGACCCUAACAGGCAUAGAGUCUAUUGCAUCCUUUACAGACUUGUCACUAAGGUACACUUAGACGAAUGUGACAGCUUGUUAAAUCCCUCCGUUGAAAUAGUUUUUGUUCUUACUGCUUUUCGAGUUAUUUCCACCUAUCCUGCUGCAUCUUUUCCAUUCUGCUUAGAAGUAUCCUUGCAACAGGCAAGAAUGUUUUCUGGGGUAGUGUUUCCAAAAAUCAUUAGAUAUAGACAUACAGUUGUGUAUCCUAUGUAUUAAAUACCUGUUCUUCUUUAACUUCAUUUUGGUACAUUAUUUCUAAAGAAACAAACUUAAAGCAUUAUAAACUUACAGAUUAUUGUCUAAAUUCACCCAUGCAUUAAGAGUCUCAGCAGUCUCUACAAUUACUGUGUAUUAUCUACUUUCAAAUUUAUUUUGACCUUCAUGAUCUCAGUCUAAUAAAAUACACCAGUUAAAAACUAAGGAUCAAUGGAGUUUCAGUUAACCCUGGCAAUGACUGCCUUGAGAGGAAAACAUAAUCUGGAUCCAGCUCUGGAUCGGAUCUACGGUAAUAUGUUAUUUGUUUUCAGCAGCUUCCAUUGUUUGAAGACCCCAGCUUUUCUCUCUUUGUUAGGGAAAUAGUACCAUUUGUUUGGCCCUUCAAAUGUUAGAUUUCAGUUUUCAUCAUUAAGCCAAACUAGAAUGUAGUUUGUAGAUAUGUAGAUAGAAAAGCUGCUUCUACCCCAUCAAUACAUUCUUCAAGAGGUAUACAAAUACCUCUUGAAGAAUGUAUACAAAUUUAAAAAAUAAAUAAAUAAAUAAAUAAAUAAGAGCACACCAUUAUAUUAUUAAUUACAUUCAGAUGUAAUCAUUUCCUUUUGAGCCUUGUCAUUCAGUUAUGCAAUGUGUUUCUUAUGGCCCCAUUAAAUAACACAGUGACAUUGAUUAACUGAAUUCAUAUUCACAACUGUAGUGACAAAUCCAUUGUCAUAUGUACAUUUACUCACAGAACAGGACUUUGCACUUCACUAUUUCCCUGAAUUUAUUUUAGGUUGUCCUCUAACACACACACACACACACACACCGAGCAGAUUUGAGGCUUAGGAAAAGUCAGAGUGAAGGGGAACAAAUUGUUCUCUUCACUCGCUGACCCAAAGCUUUGCUGAUAUUUGAAGAGAUUAAGUGGUUAGAACAGAUGAAAUACUGACUGUGUGAGUGUACAAAAUCCUUGCUUGUUUUGAAAGAAGAACAUUUGGAGUCCUUGGAAAGUAUACUUUCACCCUCUUUUUUCAAAUUAAAGGCUAUGCACCUGGAUUCUCUUAUUUUUCUUAUAUGCCUUAACAGUAUGAGCAGUAAAAUACUUGUUUUACUAAUGUUUUACAUCCAAGGUUGAAGAAGAAUAUAUUCAUAUUAAAACUGGGUGAAUGUGUGCCAGGGAAGAUAAAAUUGUAUACACUUGUUAUGGUAGUGCACAAAUAAAAGCAUAAUAGAAUAGCAAAGCUCCAUUGCUUCUACUGCAUAGGGGUAUGCACUGAAAGGAUGAGAGUGAACCAAACCAGGGUGGAAAUUUGAAAUUGAAAAGCUAACAGAAAGGCCAUUCCCUAUUACAUGGAGAAAAAUGGGGUGUUAAAAAGUUAAUAUAUCUGCUUUUUCUCAGUAGCACUGGGGCAGCUAUAUUCCUUUAUCCAGAAAUAUUUCUCAGUUGGCAGUUGAGGAACAUUUUAAACAGCAAAGGAGACUCCCCCCCCACCAUUCCAUAAAUUGAAUGAAAGUAGAUUAUCAACUAACAAAAGUACUCUACGUGCCAAAACAAAUAAAAUUUUAUCCUUUCGUUGGACAUAACUUCAUAGGGAUGUUCCUUCCAAAUUACCUGUACAGCUACAGAUAAUUGUAAUUUUAAACCUAUUACCUAUAGACCCCCAUUUUGCUAUUGACAUAACUUCAUCAACUAUCAAGAACCGUAUAGCUGCAAAUCAAUUUAGGGCAGUAUGAUCAUAAUUCCAUGUUACCGUAACACAAAAAACAAUUUGCAUAUACAGUAAUUUACUACAAUUCAUGUAAGCCUAAGAACAUACAAUUUUCAUUUAUAAGCAUCAGUUAUCUUUAUCAAAUUUCCAGGUCACUAUAACAGAUACCUACUGUAUAACAUUUCCGUCUUAACAUCCAGUUUGAAGGUUUCUGGUAUGAUUGCAAUGCUGAAAUAAUAUAAGAAGUCAAAUGUGCAAUCCAUAAGGGAUCACUUUCCUUGGUGGUUUUAGUUCCCAUCUCUUAUAUAUUAAAUAGAGUGCUCCCUCCUUGUGAAAAUUAAAGAGAUUAAAAUCAACAACUCAAAACAUAGGUUUAUUACUACAGACACAUGAUAGUCUGCUUUGCCGACAGAACGAAUGUGAUAAUUGAUUUGUAUACAAGAUUGUUAAUUAAACCAUACCAGUAGAAUGUGGAAUUUUGAUGAAAUGCAUAUGCCAAUAAUGUCUUCUUGAUUAUAUUUCCAAAUUAUUAUUUUUUAAAAAAUAGGAUUUAUUUAAAAUUGGCGUCACAUUGCUGUCACGUGACGUAUCACAUUUUCCCUCCACGGACUUGGGGUAGGCGUGGCCUGCGCAUGACGCAUCCAGCCUGUGGGCCGCCAGUUUGACACCCCUGAUUUAUAUUAUUUAAUUCAUGCCCCAUUGUGGUAAAGGUUAAAAAGAAAGUAUCUUCCAUGUUAUUCAGCCACUGAUUUCAUAUGAGGUUAAUAACAAUACAUAUCUAUACAUACAUGUAUAGGUAUAAGUUUCUUCUGUCCCUCCAGACAGCAAAUCAUGAAAUAAUUGUGAUCUGUCCUAAAAAGCAAAAUAUUGCUGAUGAAGGAUUGCUCCAAAAUUUUUGUAUAUUCAGGUAUAAGCCUCUCGCAUGAAGCUUGUUUAUGUAUUACUCCAUGGCUCAAUUCUGGGGGAAUUCUAUGUUAUACAAUUAAUAAUGGACCCAACUCUCACUUUGACUUUCGCAUAACUGCUUCUGCAUGUAACCAUCAUAUGUAAUGUUCCAAGUAUACAAAAUAAAGCAGAAUCAUACUCUUGUUAACAGGAGUUUCAUCUUAGUAAAUAUAUUCUUGCUGAAAGUAGAAUUAAAACUUGUACAGUAGUGGCCUAGAUUUGCAAGUACAAGCUCAUUUAGUUGAAUGGUUUCUGAGACAACUGAAAUCUUUCACUGGUCAAAGUUCAUUUGAAAAAGGAAUACAAGAUUAGAGUGGUAUGUAGUUAUAAAAAGUACGUGCUUUAUAAUGAGGUAGUGCCUAUAAUUAGGUUCCUGCUAUAAUUCCCAUAUGUCAUAAAAGCUUUACAUGGCAAAAAUGCAAAACUAGAAUAAAGUGUGAAUGUCAUUUAAUCGUUUUAGCAAAAGAUGGCAGAUUUGAAGCUUUGUAUUUUAUGUCCUUUAAUGCUGAAUGUAUUUGUUGCCUAAGACUCAAAACAGGAAUAUGUUGGUCAUGCUUUGUAAUAUAUGCAUUAUCAUUACAAGGAAAUAUUUUGUUCUUAGGUUUUUUAAAAAAAUCAUAUUUCAAGAUAUUGGAAAGCUUUUUUUAAAAAAAAAUCAAAUGGUGGUGUAUUUCAGAAGUAAGGCUAUUAUCUAGAGCAGGGUUUCUCAACCUUGGUGGCUUUUGAGAUGUAAAACCGCUAAGGUUGAUAAACACUGUUCCAGAGAGGUAAGGGAAGCAAAGCUGUUCAAGUUUCAGAAACUGUUGAGCAUAAAAAGAGGUUCACUGGAUUGUAUUUCGAGUAAUCUGAACUAAAUGUGCAGUCUGGAAACUGUAGUGACAAACAGCCAAAUAAAAGCAUAUUUAAGCAAAAUGUGCUUCUGAAUUCAGUGGGGCUUAAUAAUUCUCAAGGGAGUAUGGUUAAGAACGCAGCUAUGCGAUUGGAGCUGCUACAUUAAGAUUCCCCAGACCAAGGACUGGUAUCAGGUCCAUGGCUUGUUAGGAACUGGGCCACACAGCUGGAAGUGAAUGGCGAGCGAGUGAGCGAGCAAAACCAAAACCCAACCCAACCCAACCCCCCCCCCCAGUCCGUGGAAAAAUGGUCUUCCAUGAAACUGGUCCCCCAUUUCAAAAAGGUGGUGCUACAUGUUUACACACAGAUAAAUCCCCACAGGUUCAGUGAGAUUCACACUGGAGUAAUUGUCCAUAGGAUUCCACUUUGUAUCUGUAAAUGAAGUUGGGCUUGCGUAUAUCUAGUUAAGAGGUAUUCCGCAUUAAGAUCUGUGAGGGGGAAUCUUAAAAGUGUUUAAUGAAGGAUUUAGUUUGACUCACUUUCUAAUUGAAAUGCUCUCUUAAUAAAAGUGCAUAGGAUCAAGGUGUGUGUCCCUUUGAUUUCAACUGAAUUUAGCUGUGACUAAUCUUUGCUAGACUGUCUCUAAAUGUAAACUGGUAUCAAUGGCACGAGCAGUAACUUCAGUUCUAAUAACGUUUAAAAAAUUAAAUUGAAAGUUUUAAGCUGAAUAAGAAAAAACUUGAGGUCUGCUGUUGAGUAAUAUUUCUUGUAUUUGUGUGUGUUUAGUAUGUGUGUUUAAUAAAACGGGGGUGCAUAUUUAUUUUUUAUCAUUUAACUUAGACUUUGAUGAUUUUUUUCCUUUAAACAAUCUACUAUAUUAAGAAGAUCUAAUGGUGGAAAAAUGAAAUGGCAGACACAUUUUUAACAUUUACCAUUAUAUUUAGUUAAUAAAUGGAAGAAAAGCACUUCACUAUUUCACAAAACUUACAGGAAAAAGAAACUAUUUCAUUACUCUGGGAAAGAAAUACAUUUUCAGACAAGGGAACAUUUACCAGCAGUACUUGAAAAGUGUGAGUUUUGACUGCAUGUUACUUGAAAGAUCAUACUAAGCUACUCUUUGGUGCACAGCAGUUGUAUAUGAUUUCUUGUUUAUGUAGCAAGAUGCAUUGAAAUUGUAUUGAAACAUACAUGUAAGAAUUGUUAUUGUGGAGAUGGUUUGUUCUGUUUUUUAUUCUUGUGUAUGUCCUAUCUGUUUAAACCUUAAAUGUUUCUUUAAAAAUGACCUAAAAAGGCAAGAUAAAGUUGCUGUCAUUGCGAAACGUAUUUUAAUUUUUUGUCAUGGCUUUUUCCAAAAACAAAAUUACAAACUGUAUCAUUCCUGAUAAUGCAGAACAUUGUGGAUGGUUUCAAAUAAAUUUUAUACUUCUA